AUGCCUUGGACACACGCAGCUCUCCUGGCUGUCUUCACCGUGCUUUUGGCACUUUCCUUGACUCCGGAGGCCGACUCAGCAGCAGUGUCCGCCAGCACGGCUAAAAACCCGCAAGGUCCCAUGAGGAGGAUCUUCAUGAAAGAGGCCGAUGCCGCGAACUUCUUCAGGAAACGCAGCAGACGAGCCGUGAAGUCUCAGGAUGAGAUCAACGCUGAGCAGAGGCAGGUUUUGGCUGCCGAUGAACGGAAGAGGGAGUUUCACGAGGAGAAGAGAAACGAGUUUGAGAACUACGCCGAGGAGGAGAAUGAUGAGCAAGACGAGAGGACCAGAGAGAGCACCGAGCAGUGGAGGGAGUUCCACUACGACGGGAUGCACCCUCCCCAGGACUAUAACCGCCACACCAUUUGA